AUGCCGCACCGCGACACGCACCCGUACGCCGGCCGCGCCGCCGGGCUAACGUCGCCGGCCGCCUCGCCGCAGGCAUCGUCGCAGUCGUGCCUGCCGCUGCGCACGUCGCCGCCCGGCGCCGCGCUGCCGCUGACGCCGUCGUCGGCCGGCUCGCGCGCGACGGCGCUACGCAGCUAUCCCAAGCCGCUGCAGCUCGCCGCGCUGCCCGGCACGCCGUCGUCGCUGCUGCCGCACUCGCCGGCCUUUUCCUCGACGUCGUCGUUCGCAUCGAUCGGCAUCGCCGGCGAGGCUGCGAUUCCCAGCGCCUGGAGCACGCCCGCCACGUCCGCCUCGUCGUCGCCCCAGUCCGCGCUGCACUCGCCUGCGCGCAAGUUCCGCUGGCGUCCGGGGACGUCGUCGAGCGCCGCAGGCACAGACUACGGCGCCGCAUCGAGCUCGUCCACGGGACUGCCGCUCAGCCGCAGCAUCUCGGGCGCGCACAGCGCAGCCGCCCUGCCGCCGGCGCGCAAGGAGGGCUGGCUCUCGGGCAAGCUCCGCAAGAGAAAGGAGGACGGCGCGACUGUCACCUCGCCAUCAAACGGGCCGCUGCGGCACGCUUCUCGUCAAGACUCGACCGGUCGUCCGUCCUCGCCUCAGCAGGCAGCGUCGAGCGAGCGCAGCUCGGAGCAGCAGAGCCACUCCUUCAGUCUUCGCUUCAAGCCCGGCGGAGCAAAGCCAUCGCUCAAGAGCAAUGCCUCUCACGCGCUGCCUCACGGACCCUGGAGCUGCAUGACGCAGCCCUGGCCCCUGAACGCGCGCAGCGAGGUGCCGUGCGGAACGUGGGCCGACUUCGCUGCCCUCUACGCGGCGGGCUACGUCGAUCUCUCCGACCCGCCGUGGCCCGUGCAGCUGCUGCGGCGCAGCACAUUCUUGGGCUCUGCGCUGGCGAGCAGCCCACGCACGCCCGAUGAGCGUCCGCGCCGCUCAAAGUCUGCACGCGAGAAGAAGCGACGACCCAGCACGGCGCCUACCUCCGGCCCCCGCGGCGCCCUCUCCGCGGGGCCGUCGCCAUUCCCGCCGCCUAGCCUUCCUCUGCCUGCGCUGCCCUCGCGGCCGGGCUCGAGCGGACACUCGCGCGAAGCGACAGAGGAGCUCCGAAGCAGCGCCGAGAUGCCCGACGACGAGCGGCAGACCGUGUGGGAAGUCAGCACACAGGACGACGACGACCUGUGCCCGCCGCCAUCGCCGACCAAGCCGCUGGCUGCUGCCGACGGCGCCAUCAAGAAGGGCAUGCGAGCCCCCGUUCCAAACUUCGAGCAGGCGCGUCUGCAGUCGCUCGUGGCUCUGCAGCCAUCCCGCUUCUACAGCUCUGCCUUCGCCGGCAGCGGCGCGUCGCUCGCCACUCCGCACAUCACCUUGGGCCUCGAGGAGGAGCUGCAGACUCAGGACGAAGCGGCCGACCCCAUCGAGGCUCUGCGCAGUGCUGCAGCACGUGCGGUGGAGGCGCUGCUCAGCAGGUGCAAGAGCGCUGCACGGGCACGCUUCGUAUGGGUCGAGGCCGAGUGUCUCGGCGUUGUCGCAGAGGGAGAGACCGACGAGUUUGCCCGUCGCUGGGAGCUCGACCGUGCUGCGUCCUUGGAGGUGCGCAAUGCGCCGAGCUACGCGCGAUGGUCCGUCCAGACUGACGCCCUUCUUGCUCAGGCGCAUGUCAUCCUCAACCGCGGAGAGCAGAUGGUCGUGCUGGACACGCUGAGCGAUCCGCGCUUCACGCAAUCGGAGGCUGCGCAGGUCGGCGUCGUCUUCUACGUCGGCGUGCCGAUUCUCAGCGAGGCCGGACUGCCUCUAGGUGUCCUGUCGCUGUCCGAAGUCGUAGCUCGUGAGGCCUGGACCCCGGCGGAGGGGCGGCUGCUCGCCGCGAUGGCACGCGAGAUCGAGGGCACGAUUGCAAAGGUCCGCGAGCUCGAUCACACGGCGCUCUGCGGGCAGCUCAGCCAGAGCUUUGCAAAGCUGGACCGCGCGCUGUCUGCCCACCUGGCCGGGAACGAAGACCUCGCUCGCGCAGGCGGCUCGGCUGGCCGCGCGUUCCGUGUGGUGCAGUCGAGGUCGCCGGGCAGCUCGAUGCCUCCCGGUCCCGGCACUGCACCAGCACGCCCGCAAGUCGUGUCCAGCAUCGCAGACGAGGUGACGAUUGAUGAGCGAUCGGCAGCUGCAGGCUCGAUAGGUCUCGAUCGCAGCGCGUCUUCCAGCGCGCCAAAGGCGAGCGCAUCGCUCGAGGGCGCCGUUCGAGCAGUAGCCGCUGCACUUCGGCUGGACGCAGUCUACUUUGCCAGCGCCGGUCGCAUCUCGCAUGUCCUGGCCGCGUGCGGUCUGCCGAGCGCCGCGCUGGAAGGCACCAUCGAGCUCGACAGUCGCGCGCACACCAGCGCCCUGCACGCCCCGCUGGUCUACCAGGACGUGCACGUGGCACGACGCGACCGCGAGAGCCUGCCGUGGUGGUGCAGCGGCGGAUUCGUGUCGGGCAUGCUCGUCUCCUGCAGCACGAGUGCUGUCGAGUCGCUGUACCCGCCGAGCCCGACUGACCCGCUCGUCGUGCUGGUCGCUCUGAGCCGCGAGCGCACUCGCGUCUUCCGCACUGCCGAGCUCGAGUACUUGCAGAAGGUCGCAGGCCUGGCUGCGCCGCUCUUGCCUGCGCCUGCGCGCGCGCUGCUGCUGCCCUCGGCGCUUCCGCCUCUUUCGUCCCCAACGCCCGAGAUGCGUGGCGGGAUGGGCAAGGCUCGCGACCUCGUGCUGGACCGAGAGCCACGCGACGCCUCGCUGGACGGACGAAACGAGUACGCAUGCCGCGCAGAGGAAGGCGGUCUUCUCCUGAGCGGCCUGAGCCCGUCGGCGUCCACACCCUCGCUGGCGGCGUCCGUCGAGAGCGACAUACUUGACGCCGCGUCGUCCAGCAGCGGCCUGGUUGGCUAUCCGCUCGUCGCCAGGCCAGCGGUCUCCGCUCGUUCUGCUCGGCCCAUCGCAAGCCUCUCGGCUCCUCAGCACCAGCCAAGCAGCGGACAGGGCGUGCCGCAUUGCCAGACCUUUGGCACUGGCCGCGACACGGCACGCGAGCCCCUCCGCCUUGCCGCAGCGCCACGCACUGCCGACGACCAUGCGUUCGAGCGCCGCGCUGUGGACACGUCGGCGAUUCGGCGGCCACUGGCUCCUCUUUCGCUCCCGCACGCGUCGGGCAACUCCGGAGAGGCGCCGUCGCACCUGCUUGUGCGGCGAGGCUCGAGUGCCUUGCUCAAGGUCGCGCGCAUGCGCACGCUCGCUGCCGGCGAAGACCAGGCGGCAGCUGCGAGAAGCGCCCGGCGCGGCUCCGUCCCGCGCUUCGACCAGCCGCAGCCAGAUGCUCGCCCCCACGAGCGGACGACUGUGCGGCGUGCCGCGGCGCAAGAGCAGCAGAGCCCUGCCGUCGCCUCUGCCAGCAAUUCGCCGCCAAGCGCCGCAGACGAGCUCGACAUCCUGGCGCAGGAGGUCGCACAGAUGCGGCGCGAGCGCCAGCGCGACCAGGAGCGCAGGCGGUUCGGCGAGCUGCCUAUCGUGCACGUAGGGCGAGACGCGCGCACCACUCCGCUGUAG